AUGGAUGUUACUGAUAUUAGUGCCCGAAACGUCACGGGCGAAGAAUUUUGGAUAAAUAUAAUAUUUGUUUUAACUAUUUAUAUACCAUUGGACUUCGUGAUCAUUUGUGGAAACGCGUUUGUUUUUGCUGUCAUUCGCCAAACUCCAAGUUUACAAAAGCCUCAGUUUACAUUACUCGGAAGCUUAGCAUUAGUUGACCUACUCACGGGAGUAAUCGGCGUUCCCGUCUUUGUGUGGGGGUUUGUCACGCGGGGAUCCCUUCACCUACUAAAUAUAGAUAGCUGUCAGUUACAGUACUUUCCUAUGAAAAUUUUCAUAUCGACGUCGUUUCUCCACCUUGUUUUUAUUACCACGGACCGAUACGUCUCAAUAGUAAAACCUUUGAGAUAUGAACAAAUUGUUACUCGGUCACGAAUUUAUUGUGCUAUUGCUUUUUCUUGGAUUACCGCUUGUGUGUAUGUCAGCAUUCAAUUGUUCUGGAAAAGCAAACGAAUUGAAGGAGCAUUCUUUUGCUUUCAAAUGAAUCCACAAGGUUUUGUAGUUCAACGUUACGUAGUUUUGAUCCUGGUUCCGGCAGGUGUGAUUUUACUGAUUAUAAUGUACUUUCGUAUUUUCAUGGAGGCUAGAAAACACACAAGAGUCAUAACAUUGCAUACCAGAUUGAGCACUCAGACAACUGUUCAUAAGAAAUUUAAAGCAGCUAAAACAAGCGCUAUGAUAGUCUGCUUGUUCGCUGUUGCCUACUUACCUUAUUCUCUAAGAGGCGUUAUCUUUUUAUUUGGGAUUCAACGUUCUGAAAUAUACUGGUACGAUUUGAUGACGGAGGUGUUGUUGGCCAUGAGUUCAGCCGUCAACCCAUUCAUUUACGUGUUCCGUCACAAGCAGUUUUCAACUGCUUUAAGUCGUAUAUUGCGAAACAACGCUGACGGUUAUUGAAUCACGUUUUUAUGAUGAAUUUCAAUGUACGGUACUUAUUUUACUACAUUUUAUAAACACAUUUUCAAUUUUGGCGCAUUUGUGUUAACUGCAUUUUAUAAGUCAGA